CGGGCGCGUGUGCGCUGUCACGGCGCGCGGGGGACGUGUCACCGCCACGCGCGGGGCCGCGCUCACCUGGGCACGUAUGCGCGGGGGGGGGGGAGGCGGGACGGGGGCGUAAUGGGACACCGGGACCCCCGGAGCCCCCCGGAGCCCGGCGCGUCCCCGGGACCCCGCUGCAGCCAGCCCGGUGUCCCCAGUGCGCCCCGGGACCCCCCGCGCUCCUCCUGCUCCGGGACCCCCGCUCCGGUUCCAGCCAUCCCGGACCCCCCGCCCCGCGCGUCCGCGUCCCCUCGGGGCCCCCGCCGGACACGGCUCGGACACGGCCCGGGCCGCGCGGGGGGCGGGGGGGGCGGGCAGCGCUUUGGGGUCGGCCCCGCCGCUAUAAAGGGGGCGCGGCGCGAUGGAGCCGCUGCCGCGACCGACGGGACCCGCGGGGCCACCAGGCUCAGCGAGUGCGUGCGAGGCUCCGGGGCCGGCGGGAUGCGCUGUCCCGGCGGGUCGCUGUGGGCGCUGCUGUGCCUGGCGGGGGCGGUGGCGGUGGCGGGGGCCGGGGGUCGCCCCGUGCGGCUCGAGCGGGUCCGGGAGGACGCGCGGGCCCUGACCCGGACCCUCAGCACGCGCCUGCAGCAGCUCCAGCUGUUCCCGCUGACCCUGCGCGUCACCGGUCUGGAGGGGGUCCCGGAGGGGGCGCUCCCGGACGGGGGGGUCCCCCCGGGGCUGGGGUGGGCGGCGCAGCGCCUGCAGCUCUUCCAGCGGCUCCUGGGGGCCCUGGCCGGGGCCGAGCCGCGCCUGGCCCAGGUGUCCAACGACCUGGAGAACCUGCGCAGCCUCCUGGCCGUGCUGGGGGCCCUGCUGGGCUGCCCCCCGCCCCGGGACGCCCCCGCCGCGCCCCCCGCCCCGCUGGCCGAGGCUCCGCACACCGUGGCCGGGGUGGCCCUGGCGCGGCUCCGCGGCUGCCUGGAGGGGGUCGCCGCCCGCCUCGAGGGGGUCCCCGCGUGUUAGGGACCUUCGGGACCCCGCGGACA